CAUACUCCUCUUCUUGUCCCUCCCCUGUGCCGUUUCACACCACACCGCUGCACUAACGACACGAUACAAGCUGCCACGGCGCGCCAUGACCUGGAACAAACCCCCGUCCGCCGUCGCCGUCGCCGUCGACGCCUCCGACACCGACCACGCCCGCCUCCGCGAGCUAGGCUACAAGCAGGAGCUCAAGCGCCAUCUCUCUUCAACGAAAGCAGGGUGCUGUCCAACUUCGCCAUCUCCUUCUCCAUCGUCUCGGUGCUGACGGGGGUCACCACGCUCUACAACACCGGCCUCGCCUUCGGCGGCCCGGCCACCAUGACCCUCGGCUGGUUCGUCGCCGGAGCCUUCACCAUGGCCGUCGGCCUCUCCAUGGCCGAGAUUUGCUCCGCCUUCCCCACCUCCGGCGGCCUCUACUACUGGAGCGCGCGCCUCUCCGGCGAUCGAUGGGCGCCAUUCGCCUCAUGGAUCACCGGAUGGUUCAACAUUGUUGGGCAGUGGGCAGGCACUGCCAGUGUGGACUUCUCUCUAGCACAGCUGAUUCAGGUGAUCAUCCUGCUUAGCACUGGUGGAAACAAUGGUGGUGGGUACUUGGCGUCGAAGUACGUUGUCAUAGCCAUCCACGCCGGUAUUCUGCUGAGCCAUGCCAUCAUCAACAGCCUUGCCAUCACUUGGCUAUCUUUCUUCGGGCAGUUCGCUGCUGCUUGGAAUAUGUUAGGUGUCUUUGCCCUGAUGAUCGCUGUACCAGUUGUUGCUACUAAGAGGGCCAGUGCUAAGUUUGUGUUCACUCAUUUCAACACCGAUAACAGUGCCGGAAUUCAUAGUAACCUCUAUAUCUUUGUUCUGGGGCUGCUGAUGAGCCAAUACACGCUCACAGGAUACGACGCGUCUGUGCACAUGACCGAGGAAACGAAAAACGCAGACUGGAAUGGCCCAAUCGGCAUAAUCAGCGCGAUCGGUAUAUCGUUGAUAGUAGGCUGGGGCUACAUACUUGGCAUCACAUUUGCAGUGAAGGACGUUUCCUACCUCUUGAACCCUGACAACGACGCGGGAGGGUAUGCGAUUGCUGAAGUGUUCUACCUUGCCUUCAAAAGCCGGUACGGGAAUGGUGUUGGAGGAAUCAUCUGCCUGGGGAUCGUUGCUAUCGCCAUAUACUUCUGUGGCAUGGGCUCAGUGACUAGCAACUCGAGGAUGACUUAUGCAUUCUCAAGAGAUGGGGCAAUGCCGUUUUCAUCCGUAUGGCACAAAGUUAACAAACAAGAAGUGCCGAUAAACGCUGUCUGGCUUUCAGCUUUCAUUUCCCUUUGCAUGGCAUUGCCGUCGCUGGGCAGCCUCGUCGCUUUCCAGGCAAUGGCGUCGGUCUCGACGACCGCCCUCUCCAUUGCCUACGCGCUGCCGAUCCUCUUCCGGGUGACACUGACACACAAGUGCUUCGUUCCAGGCCCGUUCAACCUCGGUCGGUACAGUGUGCUUGUGGGCUGGAUCGCCGUGCUCUGGGUGGCAACCAUCACCAUCCUCUUCUCGCUGCCAGUCUCUUACCCGGUAACAAAGAACACCCUCAACUACACUCCGGUUGCUGUCGGUGGGCUGUUCACCCUCGUUCUGUCAUCAUGGAUCGUCAGUGCCAGACACUGGUUCAAAGGACCUGUCACAAAUUUGGGUGGAUAGGGUGGUGUGGAAUUGUUGUCAUGUGAUUUUGGAGUGUUAUACACUGCUGUUACAGGAUGGGAUGUUAGGGAGUACUGAUUAUGCAGCACUCAUGGUGCCUUAUUUGAAUCACAGCAACAAAUUAAGUUGUUGAUACAUUGGUACUCCUACCUUGAUUGACCAGAUGCUACCAUGCUUCCCUCUUAAUAAUUAAUCAUGCACUAAAGUUUGGAAGAGUUAUUACCAGGCA